CUUCUCUCGUGGACGCUGACUUCCGAGCGCGCUCGAGACCGCCGCCGCCGCCUCUGAUUGGCUGCCUUGGUCUCUUAAAAGGGCGCUGCGUGGUCUCUGAUUUCAAAAUGGCGGUGGCCAGGUCUCUGUGGAGGAAUCUCUCUCUUAGCUGGCAGAGUCUUGCAAAAAGCAAAGUGGAACCUAUCACUUGGCAGGUCUGGAUUAGGCAGAAAUUUACAAGGGCAAGAAUUCCUGAAUCGGUGUUUCAGCCACGACCUGGUGAUCAUGAAAAAUAUGGGGGUGAUCCAGAUCAGCCUCAUAAAUUGCACCUUGUCACCAGGAUCAGAAGUGGCAGAAGGCGUCCUUAUUGGGAAAAGGAUAUGAUCAGAGUUCUUGGGUUGGGAAAGAGAUUUGAGCCCAGAGUGCACAAAAAUAUACCUUCUGUGAAUGACAAACUGAAAGUCAUUAAACACCUGAUAAGCAUAAAACCAUUAAAGCUGCCUCAUGGAAUUCCAACCGAAGAGGAAAUGUCUGACACUUAUAUUAAUAUCAGCACAGGGGAAUUAAUAAUUCGCCGUCGUCUAAAACCAGUGGAACAGAAAGCAAUUGAUUAAUCGUAAUGUGUAGUGACAUUUUGUACAAUAAAUAUAAUCUUAAAGUGAAA